UAAUGCGAAACACAUCGUCCAUACCAUUCCCCCCCUCCUGCGCCGCUCCCUGCGAUAUCCGAACUAGCACUUCGAUCUGGCCUCCGUUGGGCGCAAGCAGCCAACAUGGUGAAAGAAGCUGCCGGUCCCGGCAUCUACAGUGCUACUUAUAGCGGUAUACCGGUAUACGAGUACCAAUUCGGCACCGAUUUGAAGGAGCAUGUCAUGCGCCGGAGGCAAGACAAUUGGAUCAACGCCACACACAUCUUGAAGGCUGCGGGAUUUGAUAAACCUGCACGAACUCGCAUCCUCGAGCGUGAGGUCCAGAAGGACGUCCACGAGAAGAUUCAAGGCGGCUACGGCAAAUACCAGGGCACCUGGAUUCCUCUAGAAGCCGGCGAGCAGCUUGCGCACAGAAACAACGUCUACGAACGCCUACGACCCAUCUUCGAAUUCACCCCCGGGACCCAGAGCCCCCCGCCUGCCCCGAGACACGCGAGCAAGCCGAAGGCCCCUAGAAAGCCUGCAGUGCCGAAAUGGAGCGCCCCGCCGGUUGUGGACCACGAGAACGCAAGUCAGCAGCUGAACGAGGACGACACCCCAGAUAACGUAACCGUUGCCUCGGUCUCGUACAUGGCAGAGGAGGACCGCCAUGAUCUGCCUCACUACUCGACCGGGCAUCGCAAGAGAAAACGCGAAGAGGCCAUACAAGACCUCACAGAGCAACAGCAUUCCGUCUACGGCGAUGAGCUGCUAGACUACUUCCUGCUCUCACGUCAAGAAGCGCCCACGUUCCGGCCCGAGCCCCCCCCCAACUUCCAGCCCGACUGGCUGAUCGACUCGGAAAGACACAGCGCCCUCCAUUGGGCUAGCGCUAUGGGUGAUGUGGACGUAAUAAAGCAAUUGAAGCGAUUCGGGGCGAGCCUGGGAGCCCAAAAUUGUAGAGGCGAGACGCCCUUUAUGCGAUCCGUUAAUUUCACCAAUUGCUACGAGAAGCAGACCUUCCCGGCCGUGAUGAAGGAAUUAUGGGACACCGUCGGCGCGCGCGACGAGUCAGGUUCGACUGUCAUCCAUCAUGCAGCCAUCAUGAAGAGCGGCCGGGUCACGAGCACCUCGUGCUGUCGCUACUAUCUCGACAAUAUUCUAAAUAAGCUUCAGGAGACGCACGACCCAAACUUCAUGCAACACCUUAUCGACGCCCGGGACCACGCGGGUAAUACCGCACUACAUUUGGCGGCGAAGACAAACGCCCGGAAAUGCAUCCGGGCUCUUCUGGGUAGAGGUGCCUCGACCAAUAUCCCCAACGCCGAGGGGAUACGCGCUGAGGAUCUAAUUAAGGAACUGAAUGCCACGAGGAACCCCAAGGAGCGGGUACCUCAACGGUCGUCGUCCCCGUUUGCCCCCGACACCCAGCGUCAUGUUUCCUUCCGUGAUGCCCUCACCGAAUCUGUCACAAAGCUGGCUGUCACGUACAACUCGGAGGCAGCUAAUACGGUUCAGAACAAGAUCACCCCGCUUGUCCUAGAAAAGUUCCAAGAUCUAGCGCACAGCUACGACGAAGAAUGGAAGGAGAAGAACGAGGCCGAGGUCGAGGCCCGCCGCAUCCUGGGAAACACUCAGAAUGAGCUCGCAUCUGUACGCCAGCAGGUGGCCCACUUUGAGGAGAAUUUGGAACCGCAGGAGCUGGCCUCGCGGACUGCUAGCGAUGCCACAGCAUUACAACACAAGCUCCUCGCGUUGCUAGCUGCCCAGAGCCGAUAUCACGUGCAGAUCGCCGUCGACAAGAUCCUGCCCGCGACGAACGGCGACGGGGGCGAUAGUGACCCGUACGAGAAUCGACUCAAGCUCGCACAAGAGCUCAAGGAGCUUAUUGCGGAGCAGGAACGCGCCGAGAAAGAGUACGUCGACGCUCUGGCUAGCUCGGGCACCAGCGAGAAGAUUGACAAGUAUCGGCGACUUCUGAGGCAAUGUCUGGACCAGGAGGCGGCAGAGAACUUGGAUGACCACCUGGAUGACCUUAUCGAGAUGAUGGAGGAGGAAAGAAGCGAGGGAGGCUCGGUCAUACCCGAACAGGCGCCCGGCCAGGCUGAGCAUAUGAUUGUCUGCUAAUGUCAAAACGCGAGAUACCGUGUCAGAGAUUACGCGUGCCGUCUCGUGCCAUGUUGAUAAGCUAGACUAGGGCGUAGGCCACG